UAAAAAAAAAAAAAAAAAAAAAAAGGUUGUUGCUGUUCUUCAGAUAGGAAUGAGACAGCUUGGCUAAGAGACUUCAGAUUUUUGUCACGGAUUUCUUAGACAUUGCGUUUAACUCAUGGGUAAAACGGUUCCUCUGAGACUGCUGGGAUUUCUGAUGCAGAUUGUGAAUUUUCCUGGUUUGAGCGUUCUUACAUCUGUCCAUGUACAGCUGGAGUUUUGCAGCUUUCCGCUCAGCCUUGAGCCUGAUUCUUACACACUUUUAUGGGAAAACAAGGUGCUGAGCAGCAGUGUGGUGUGUCAGAGUGUGUGUAAGUGUAUCAUGGAUGUACAUGUACCACAGUCUUCUCCUGAACUGAAUCUGACUUUACAGUCCUAUAAACAGGAGCAGAUGUUAGAAGCCAGAUUCUUCCAGCUAAUUCCUCUUCAGAGCUCCUUUCUGAAGGUUGAGGUGUCUUCUACUAGUGUUGUGCUGAACUGGACUGACUGGACCAGUGAGCAGAUACGGCACUUGUGUGUAGGUGCUCAGUGUUGGACGCUUGAUUCUUCUCAGCCAUCGUGCUUGGUUUCAGGACUACAAACUGGAACACGCUACACGGUUACAGUAGAGCAGAAAACACGUGUUCCACAAGUCAAUGUCACACUCACGCAGAAACUGCAGCUGGCGAUCGAGACGGCCCGGUGUCCUGUGGGCUGGAUAGCAACAGGAUGGAACUGUUUCCAGAUCAGACAGGAUGUUCGGCCGUGGCCUGAAGCACAGCGAGUGUGUGAAAGUAAUGCCCCAGGAGUCCAUCUGGCCAGUGUGAAGACGCACGCUGACUUUCUGUCUGUCUCUGAAAAACUACAAUCCCACAACCACCUGCUGCUGCUGUGGACCUCUCUGAAUGAUCGAGGGGAAGAGGGCCGUCUCUGCUGGGCUGAUGGCUCCGCCUACAACCUGAGUGUUGCUGUAAUAUCAUCUCUCUCAGCCAAUCAGACGGACUGUUUUGCCCUUCAGAGGAACGCCACAGGACCAGGUUACUUCUUCACUAGUCUGCUGUGUGAUGUACAGCUUCCCUACAUCUGCCAUACACCAUUCAUGCAGGGGUCUUUUUCUGGCCUGUGUAUGGACAACGUUCAGGAGACAGAAGCAGAGUUCAGCUGGUCAGGCUUUUCUCAGCUCCUCUCGGCUCUUGGCUCAGUGCUCAGCCUUCACGUACACGACCAGUCUGGUAGACGAAUCCUCACACACACUCCACUUGAACACACACUGAAUAGAAAGUGUGUGCAUGGACUCUUUGCUGGAAACAUCUAUUACGUCUCACUCAGCCUUACACACCCCAGUGGAGCGUCUCAAACCCUCGGCCCUGUUGGCAUAGUUAAAACCAGACCAAACCCUCCGAAGAACAUUACAGUGACUGGUGUCACAUUCAGUCAGAUUGCACUGUCCUGGUCUGCCCCUGAUUUUACCCAUGAUGCUUUGUUUGAGCAAUACUUCCUGAGCUGGUUGGAUGUAGCCUCUGGCAGAGGGCGGGGCUUAUGGCUGAACAAAGCGAAUCUCAGUACUGUGAUUGGUGGGCUGGAAGCUUAUCAUGUAUACCAAAUUUUUCUGGUGUCAGUCACAGCAGAAGGGGUGGAGAGCGCUGAGGCCACGCCACUGGUUGUCAUCACAGAGGUUAAUCCUCCACACAGCAUUUCAGUUUCAGCUCUUGGGACAGAAAACAUGACCGUGUGCUGGGAACAGCUUCGUGAUGACGAGGUUGAUGCAUUUCACAUCCAGCUCCGGACACACACUCCGAGUCAGGAGAGCUCCAGAGAAUUCUUGGUCAAUAACUCACACUGUAUUACGGUGACAAAUCUCAUUCCUGGUGAGACGUAUGAUGUAGGCGUGGCUACAGAAAGGGGCGGGAACAGGAGCCUGGAGAAAACCUUACAACUGACACUAAAGCCUCAGAAGGUCCGAGACGCCGUCCCAUAUGCAGUGGACAUAGACUCUGUGGUCCUGUUUGUGCAGAUGCCAGCGAGCGGUGUUUAUGAUGGUCUUACUGUAACAUACAGCAGGAUCAGCACCUGGAUUCCAAUAUCCAGUCGUAGUAGCACCAGGAAGGCUGUUGUGGGAAAUCUGAGUCCAGGAACAGUGUAUGAGUUCCAGCUGUUUGUCACCAGCAGAGGUGUGAGCAGCGACGCCUUCACUGUGCUCCCAGUCAGAACCUGUCUCGCACCUCCCGUACGAGUGCGUGCCGGUGUUGUGUCUGACCACUCAAUAGAAGUGCUGUGGGAUCGAGCGCAAGGCCAUGAACUCACAUAUGAAGUGCUUUGCAUGGACUGUACUGACAAUGUCAUGGUACAGAAAGUGUCACAGACGAGGGCAAUGUUUCAUGGUGUGAUUGCAGGACAGCUGUGUAACAUCUCAGUGCGCACGGAAAAGGAGACUUUCAGAGACAGUGCACCUGUUUUCCUCACCAUCAGAACUCUUCCUAGCUCGGUCACAUUAGAGCCUGUGCGGAGAACAUCAUCAUCUCUGCGUGUGAGCUGGAGAGAGGGACCAGGAGUGUGUAACGCUUUCAUGCUGUCCAUCAAAAACUCCACCUACAACCUGCAGAUGAGGCUCAGUGUCUCUGAUGAGAGAUGGUACAAUUUUGACCGUCUUCCUCCUGGGACUGUUUACACUGUCGAGGUGAUAAGUGUGAGUGGAGAGAGACACAGUUUUCCCACCGCACUUUCUCUUAAUACGUUUCCAGCACCUCCUGAUACCAUCACCUUUAUCGAACAGGAAGGAAAAGCCAUGUACGUCACCUGGACGCGACCGCUCGGACAAGUGACCGGCUACAGGGUGUUUUACGCUCUCAGUACGGACACGUCUCUUCGUCACCGAGUCUUCGUCCAUGGCAACCACGUGAGGAUAACUGAUCUCUUCCCAGGAAGUGAUUAUGAGUUUGAGAUCCAGUCCUUCUUGGGAGAAGAUUUCAGCCAAAGUGUCAGCAAGAACGUCUCUACUAGUCCUGCAGGUGUAUGUUCUCUGUCUCUGUUCCGCUCCAACUCCUCAUCCGUCACACUUGUUUGGGACGUUGCUGUUGGCCAUUUUGAUUUCCACAGAGUGACAGUUAGUAAUGAUUCACACCGCUGGAUGUACGGCGUGAGCGCAGACGCUCAGAAAUACACGGCGAGCGAUCUGCGGGACGGCUGCUCCUACAACAUCAGUGUGGAGCGAGUCAGGAACGCACAGAGCGGGACGGCCGCCAUGCUUACCGUACACACAGUCCCUGCUAUUCCUGAAGACGUGUGUGUGGCCAGUGUGAUGCCUCGCUCGUUCUCUCUCUACUGGGUGCCAUCUUCUGGAUGUGACCAGCGCUAUUUUGUACAUCUGACACCAGACCAUGGCAAUGUCACCAUGAUAACUACUCCAGAUGGACAUGUACAGGCCAAUGUGACUAGUGUGACUCCAGGAACACAAUACACAGUAACGGUCAGUGCAGUCGCCUCCUCAGGGAUGAGGUCUGCUGUGAGCCGCUCCAUCACCACCAUGGAAUCAGUUCCAGCAGCACCCUUUAAACCAGAAGGCGAGCGAGUGGGCUCGAAUGGGAUCCUCCUUUCGUGGAAGAUGCCGCCUCCUCCUGACCUCAGCAUCGACUCGUUCGUCAUCAGAUACAAGGAAAUGUGUCCACAUCCUGACUCCAUUUUCACUGAGGUCACAAAGAGCCUGGACAUCCCAGAAACCCUCCUGAACACACUCUCACCUGGGGCCACGUAUAAUAUUAAGGUUGCUGCAGUGAAUAAGGCAGGAGUCGGACCCUUCAGCCAGUCUCUUUACUUCAAAACUGCAGAAGCCCCUCCUGGCAUGGUAACAAACCUCACAGCUUUUGCUCAGAAUCACUCCUCAGUGGUAGUGAAAUGGUUUCUUCCUGUACGCAUUAACGGACUCAUCACUAAGUUUGCGGUUAAAGCCAAACACGCCAGGACAGGGCAGGUGGUCCGCACUCUGGAGCUCAAUGCUGAGGAGAUCAUGAACGGAGCUCUGCCUCACUGCAACGAUGCUGCAGAUUUUCUGUCCCGUGGAACUCCGAGCCCCUCCAUAACUUCAGUAACAUCUGCACUGCCGCCUCUCACCAUGUCAGCCAUUCCUUCAGCCUCUAUCUGGAAUGUGCCAAUCACAGUGGGCAUGGACAUGCUCCGCCCCUAUACAGCGUAUGUGUUCGAGGUGUCUGCCUUCACCAGCGAUGGGGAGGGACAAAUUGCUAGCACCAUGGUCCGCAUGCCAGAAGCUGCCCCUGAAGAUUCUCCACAGACUUUGUCUUUAUGGAACAUUACCUCAAAAUCUUUCUCUCUGUCCUGGGAAUCACCAACCAUCAUCACAGGACGUUUUAGCUACGUCGUCCAACUCCACGGCCCUGCAGGUCUCAUUAGUGAGAACAGUACCAGUGAGCAGACAAUUGUUUACACUGGACUGACUCCGUUCACAAGCUACCACAUCAUCAUCAUGGCCAAAUCAGCAGGAGCCACUGGACCUGCUGCGGAAACCAGAAUCUUAACACCUUCUGAGGCCCCCAGUGCAGUGUCAUAUCUCAGAGCAGAAGCUGUGGACUCCAUGUCUGUGCGUCUGUCCUGGGGAAUCCCAAACCAGCCCAACGGACUCAUUACUCGCUACCGGGUCCUUGUCCUGCACAGUGAGAUGCUCGUACAGGACAUCACACUCCGAGCACUGCAGCAGAAUGCAAGCCAGAAUGGUGCUAGUGCUGGAUCUGACCCGGGACUCAUUCUGAGCUCCGUCCAACCACGACCGUCCACAAGAGCGGCGAUCACGGGCCUGACGCUCCAGUCACGUGACUUCACACAAACAGCAGUCACGAGCCGGAUCGAGGUUCUACCACCAACUGAAGAAAUGGUCAACUUAUCGUCAAAUCACAUCUCCUACACUGUGACCAGACUGAUUCCUUUUACUGACUACAACUUCAGCGUGUCUGCCUUCACGACUGUAGGAGAAGGACCUGCCACCCUGAUCGCACAGAAAACUCAGGAACAGGUGCCUAGCUCUGUUCAGGAUGUGUCCUAUGAGAACAUAAGCUCCACCUCUAUCUUUGUGAGCUGGAAUCCACCUCUGAACCCCAACGGGAAGAUCACACACUACACCGUCUACAUCCUCAACCUGCACAGUCACGAGGCUCGACAACGGGUUACGAACACCACCAGUAUCAUCCUCACAGAUUUGGAUAAAUACACACAGUAUAAGGUGCGUGUGGCUGCAUGGACGGCAGCAGGCGAGAGCCCUGUGUCUGAUGAGGAUAACAUCUCCGUACUGACGCCUGAGGAUGAGCCGGAUUCUCCUCCUCACACCCUGGAGCUUUUGAACACCACGUCGUCAACAGCCACUAUUACCUGGUCUCCUCCUGAUAAACCCAACGGCAUCAUUAUCUUCUAUGAGGUGACCUACAGCAACUCCACUUUCAGCUACACGGUGAACUCGAAUGCCCCCAGCGUCACACUGCGCCACCUCAAACCGUACACUCUCUACAACGUCACCGCGCGUGGCUACACGCGGCUCGGCCACGGAAAUAAGACCUCACCCACACUACAGAUGCUGUCCGGGGAGGAUGUGCCUGGUAGUCCUCCCUUCGGCCUUUCCUAUGACAGCAUCAGCUCCAGCGAGGUGAACGUGUCCUGGUCGCCACCCCUUGUGCCCAAUGGAGUCAUCUUGUACUACAGUGUGGAGUACUGGAACAUCACACACACUCUGAACAUCACCACACACACAACCUCUGUGCUCCUGUCCAACCUGCGCAAAUACGCACGCUACCGGCUCAGCGUUCAGGCAGCCACUCGUGUCGGACUGGGGAACCACAGCAGCGAAAUCCUCAACAUCACCACUCUGGAGGACGUGCCAAGUGAUACGGUCCAUAAUCUCUCGGCUCAGCUGUACGGCUCGACGGCUGUUGUGAUUAGUUGGGACCCCCCGCUUGAGCCGAACGGUAGAGUCUUCUACCAGCUAAGCCUGCAGGAGACGGGCAUAACCCACCCGUCCAUCAAUCGCACAGAAAACCAGACCAUCACCAAGACAACCACUGACACGGUUUUCCUCUUCACCAAACUCAGAAAGUACUUCCCCUAUGUGCUCAGAGUUACCCCGGCAACGAGUGCAGGCCCCGCUUUGGACCACACCUCCGUAUUGCACCUCAGAACGGAUGAUGAUGUACCCAGUUCUGCUCCAUUGCUGAGUGUGAGCAGGAAUCUCUCCUCCACCUCUAUCCUGGUGUCAUGGUAUGCUCCGGUGGAACCGAAUGGGGAGAUCAUCGAAUACACCUUAGUUCUACAGGGUCCCCGAGGAUCUAACAGCACGUACACGUCCGACUCAGAGCUCAUUCUCACACACCUCACUCCGUACACAGCCUACAACCUCUCCAUUUCUGCAGUCAAUCGCAGGGGCAUGGGACCCUCACUUAUGCUGCCUCUGCACACAGAUGAAGCAGGUCCAAUGUCUCCACCACGAAACCUGAGCAUCUUUAACCACUCUUCUGACUCGGUGUGGCUCCACUGGGAACCCAGUCUGGAGCCCAAUGGCGUCAUUCAACAUUAUGGAUUCAAAAUAGUGGAACUGAACACGGAUGCUGUGAUUUACCAGAACUCCACCGGUGCUUCCACUCAAGCAGAAUUGCAUGGCUUCAAACCUCAUAGCACUUAUGAGAUUAGUGUGUCUACUUACACUAGAGCGGGCAACGGAGACCAGUACAGUCUUCCUGUAACCUUUACUACGCUCGAGUCAGUGUCUGAGGCGGUUGGAAAUCUGUCAUGUUCCGGUCUGGAUUGGGAUUCAGUGUAUAUGGAAUGGAAACCUCCAGAAAACCCCAACGGAGAGAUCUUGCUUUACCAUGUUGUUUCAGCACAUCGCAGGGACGAGGUGUUUCCCCUGAUGCUUCCAGAUAAACUUGCAUACACUUUCAGCGGCCUGCUUCCUGACACGCUGUAUGUCAUCUCGGUGGCUGCCGUUAACUCUGCGGGUUCAGGAAUAGAGGCCAACUGCACGGCACAGACACUUUCUGAAUCAGUUCCUGAUCCCCCGGAGUUACUGUCUGUGGUGAAUCUUAGCUCGGAUGCCGUGAGUCUGAGCUGGCUUCGACCUGCCCGAGUUCCCGGUCACUUGCGUGGUUACAGAGUGCACAGACAGCGCCUGGCACUAACGUGUGAAAUGGAGGACGUUGCUUCCUGUGUGGAGAGUGAAGUUUUUGUGUGGGUAAACGCGACAGAGAACGGAUCGAGGGAGGUUAACGUAACACUACAGCCCCUGCUUAAAUACAGACGUUAUCGUGUCAGAGUGGUGGCCUGGACUAACGCUGGAGCUGGAAAACCUACAGAUUGGAUGCACAUACAUACACUAGCAGGAAACCCUGAUGCCCCACCAGUUGCUGUCUCGGCAGUUCCUUCGAUCUCCGGGUUGAAAAUCACAUGGGAUGAACCGCCAAUCAUUUCAGGACCCACCUCUUACCUCGUUGACAUUAUUGCUUUGGACGGUUCAGGUCGUAACGUGACAGUAGUGAGGAACGCAGAUGAAAUCAGGAUGGUGGUCAUCGGGAACUUGACUGCGUACACUUAUUAUUCAGUUAUCGUCACUGCCUUUACCGGAGACGCUGCUGAUGCCCGCCGAGAUGGCAUGUCGUCUGAGCCUGUCACCGUCAGGACACUCGAGGGGGAACCAAAGGAUCCACCCAAAAACUUUACCGUAGUCAUCAGGCCAGAAGAAGUAACUCGAGUGUAUGUAACAUUUUUACCACCGGAUGAGCCAAACGGCAACAUCAGCGCCUAUCAUGUUUACAUUUACCGUGACGGACAACUGGACUUCGAGAUCGACAGCUUACCUGUGGUCAGUAAUCCCAACAAGACCAUGACUGCUAUUAUACAGGGUCUUAAAGGAGGAUUCAACUACAGCAUACAGAUAGCUGCAGUGAAUGGAGCAGGAUUUGGUCCCAGAUCAGAAGUGAGACUCAGUAUGCCAAUAAAAGCUCCAGCGAUGCCUUCCAAGAGACCAAUGGUAGCCCUGAACCGUGUAGGCGCUGUCAUGGCAACAUCCCAAACCAUCACUGUCGAGAUGCCUUUGUGUUUCUUCUCGGAUGACAACGGUCCUAUUCACAAAAUCCAGGUCAUCGUCUCUGAGCCAGCAGUGAUGGACUACAGUAAUGUAUCUAACUGGAAGAGCGUGUUCCUCCACUCGACCGCCCCGUACGUAACGGAUGAAGGUUUUCCGAAUCCGGAGUGCUCUGAGGACAUGAAUUCAGCUGAAGAUACGCUUCGGAGGAACGUACAAGCCAGGAUGUACGUGAUAGGAGCAGAGGAAGGAUGUUUCUCUGAGGAGGCGCAGAUCCUCUGUAACGGGCCUCUCAAACCCAAAACCUACUAUGUAUUUAAAUUCCGUGCAACGAAUAUCAUCGGUCAGUACACAGACUCGGAGUACUCAGAGAGGGUCCGAACUGCAGACGAUGGUCUUUUGACUAGAGAUGAACAGAUCAUACUCGGAGUGCUCCUGUCAUUUUUCCUGGCAUUGUUCCUGAUCUUGAUCAUAUACGCUUCUGUGCGGAUCCAUCAGAGGCAGAAAGAGGGAGGAACUUAUUCUCCACGAGAAGCAGAGAUUAUAGAGACCAAGCUAAAGCUGGACCAGCUGAUAGCGAUGGCAGACAUGGAGCUGAAAGAGGAGAAAAUCCAGCGACCGAUCAGUAAGAAGGCUUUCAUUCAGCACGUGGAGGAUCUUUGUGCAAAUGACAACGCCAAGUUUCACGAAGAAUUUGCUGAACUGCCGAAGCUUCUGCAUGACCUGGCAACGUCGGACGCUGACCUGCCGUGGAACCGCUCCAAAAACCGCUUCACAAACAUUAAACCCUAUAACAAUAACCGAGUGAAGCUGCUGUCUGAACCGGGGAUCCCGGGGUCUGAUUACAUCAACGCUAGUUUCAUCUCUGGUUAUCUGUGUCCUAAUGAGUUUAUAGCCACCCAGGGGCCUCUUCCUGGGACCGUGGCUGAUUUCUGGAGAAUGAUUUGGGAAACCAGGACCAAAACCGUCGUCAUGCUCACCCAGUGCUUUGAGAAGGGUCGGAUCCGAUGUCAUCAGUACUGGCCGGAGGACAACAAGCCGGUCACUGUGUUUGGUGACAUCAUCAUUACAAAGCUGACAGAGGACGUGCAUCCUGACUGGACUGUCAGAGCACUCAGAGUGGAGAAGCAUGGCGACUACAUGGUGGUUCAUCACUUUAACUACACUUCCUGGCCAGAACACGGCGUCCCUGAGUCCAGCUCCACAUUAAUCCAGUUUGUCAAGGCCGUCAGGUCCAACAGAGGCAACGACAACACAACCAUCGCAGUGCACUGCAGUGCUGGUGUGGGUAGAACAGGAGUCUUUAUAGCUCUAGACCACCUGAUUCAGCAUGUCAGAGACCAUGACUUUGUGGAUGUGUACGGCCUGGUGGCAGAACUGCGCAGUGAGAGGAUGUGCAUGGUGCAGAACCUGGCUCAGUACAUGUUUCUGUAUCAGAGCACUCUGGAUCUGUUGACCAGCAAAGGCAACAGUCAGUCCAUCUGGUUCGUGAACUAUUCUGCUUUGGAGAAAAUGGACUCACUGGAUGCCAUGGAAGGUGAUGUUGAGUUGGAGUGGGAAGAGACAACAAUGUAAGAGCGGGGAGUUUUAUGUAUUACGUCUGUGAUGGCUUGGCUUAAGGCCCUGAGUGAGGACCAUAAGGGCCACUGCGGCCAAACACCGAGCAAACACCAGGGACUUACACUUUUUCUUUCUAAACUUUUUCUUUUUUCAAAAAAAAUGUAAAAAUGUAAACAAAUAUAUACAGUAUAUAUAAUUAUAAUAUUUAUAAAUGUUUCAUAAUUUACACUAUUGUUUUUUUUUUUUUUCAUAAAUCGUUACGCCA